GUAUCAUUGUACACAAGUCUAGGAAAAUAUCGCACAAACGGCCACUAUGAUAAAAGAUGAAUUUGUUUUACGAUUGAUUUUGGUAGCUUUAUUUCUUGGUUUGACCGAUGGACAUGACAAGCCCUGUUGUCUUAGUAAAAAGUACUUCGGUCACGUGAAAAGUAUCACCGCACUCCAGAGAAGAGGAGGCACAACUCUACACAUAUCUGAGAAAAGGUUUCGUGCUGACUAUGACUUUGAUAUGAAAAUGUAUGGAGAAACAGGGACAGUAUAUACAGAUGUCGGUGGAACAAAAAGCUCUUCUGCUUACACAAUGGUUAAUGACUACACUCAUCUGAAAAGUUAUAAUGUGCUCAGUAACACUGGGUCUUGCUCAGUGGAUGAAAUCAGACCAGACAAUGUAGCACGUCACUGUGUUCCAAGUACGUUGCGACUGGUAGGCUCCUAUACAGUUGGAUCAGGACCGGAGGUUAUCCUUGUGAAUAACUGGGAAGGUAUUCAUAACAAUUUAACGCAAAGCAUGCAGACGACAUAUGAUUGUACACCAAUCUCCGGUACAGCUUACGGUAUAACAGGGCAAGGUGACACAAUCUCGCUAACAUUUUUGUUUAACAACUAUACACGGUACAGAGUGAGCAGUCCAGACGCCUUCAAACUUCCAGAUGUAUGCCUAAAGGCUGAGCCAGUCGUAGGAAAAUAGUACUAAACUACUGUACUGACAUGCAACGCGAUGCGUAAACACGUCCCGAGGUGCUUUACAAUAGACAUUCAAAAAUAAAACAAACGAAUAUAAAUUUUAAUAACAAACAGUUUCGUCGUUCUGGCGUGUUGGCGCGUUUUAAGGGCACCAACAAGCCAGAACGACAAAUAGCGCGCCAACACGACCUAAUAUAAGGUGUAUGUCCUAUUGCCGCGCAAUUUGUCGUUCUGGCGCAUGCGCCAAAACGACAAAUAAGCGCAGAUACGACAGAUAGGGUUUUUGUCGUAAUGGCGCUCUAGUCUGUCGAUUUGGCGUGUUGGCGCUCUUUAAAAGUAAGAAUUGGCAGAAAGCAGCCACCAUAAACCCAAUUAUCCACAAAACGUUAUAUUGCUAGGUAUUUAAACGUAAAUAUCUACAAGAUAUUUUAUAGAUGUAUAUAUCAUGUAAAUAUCUACACGACUUUGUUAAAAUGUGUGUUUUCACGUAAAUAUCUAGCAGAGUUUUGUAUAGAUGAGUAUUUGCAUGCAAAAAUCUACAAUACUUUUAAUAGAUGUGUAUUUUCACGUAUUAUCUUCAAGUUUGUUGUAGAUGUGAAUGUCAUGUAAGCAUCUACAUACAAGACUUUAUAAGAUGUGUAUUUUCACGUAUAUAUCUACAAGACUUUGUGUAGAUAUGUAGUUUCAUGUAAACACCUACAACACAUUGUACAGAUACUUUCUAUAGAUGUGUACAUCACGUAAAUGUCUACAAGACUUUGUAUAGAUUUGUAUGUCAGGUAAAUUUCUCCAAGAUUUUGGUUGUGUAUUUGUUUGCCUUGUAAAUAUCUACAAGACUUUGAAUAGAUGAGUAUUUUCACGUAAAUAUCAACAGGACUUUGUUGUGAUGUUUAUGUCUCGCAAUUAUCUACAAAUCUCUGUAUAGAUGUGUAUGUCAUGUAAACUUCUACAAGACUUUGUAUAGAUGUGUAUGUCACGUAAAUAUCUACAAUACUCUGUAAAUAUUUUUUUCAUGUAUGUAUCUACAAGA